UGGAAAUCAUAGAAGAUGACUAGCUCCGACCAAUCUCCGUCGCACAACGUCUUCGUCUACGGCAGUUUCCAAGAACCAGCCGUCGUUGGUCUCAUCCUCGAGUGCACUCCGAUCAUCGUCUCCGCUCAACUCCACGGCUAUCACUUGUAUAGAGUCAAGGGUCGUUUGCAUCCAUGUAUAUCUCCUUGUGCGAAUGGAGUAAUCAACGGCAAGAUACUAACUGGAUUAACAGAUGCUCAGUUAGAGAAUUUAGAUAUGAUUGAAGGAGAUGAUUAUGUGAGGAAGACUGUUCAAGUUGUUUUGACUGACACUUGUGAGAAGAUGAAUGUGGAAACAUAUGUAUGGGCAAACAAGGAUGAUCCUGAUAUGUAUGGAGAAUGGGAUUUUGAGGAAUGGAAGCGGCUUCAUAUGGAGAAAUUCAUAGAGGCGUCGAAGAAGUUUAUGGAAUGGAAGAAGAAUCCGGAUGGGAGAAGUAGGGAAGAGUUUGAGAAGUUUGUACACGCAGAUCCUCCCACCCCGGCUUGAAGAAUCUUAUCUUAUAUGUAUUGAUCACUUUCAUUUACUGCAAAUAAAUCAGUCUCAUUACAAAGUUUAGUAAGAGGCUUUGUGAGUUAGA